AUGGCGGCGAAUGAGCACAAAACUGAGGGUUUCUCCUCGGAGAGCCCUGUCAAGCGCGAGUACAGCGGCGAUGAAGUCGCAACGGCCGAGGAGGGUGGCCUGUCAGACCCUAACCAUGUGGAUCUACACCGCGCCCUCAAAGCGCGGCACAUUACUAUGAUUGCCAUCGGCGGUGCUAUUGGAACUGGUCUGAUUAUUGGUACCGGUGAUGCCCUUGCGAAGGCUGGCCCCGGUUCACUUCUGAUCGGGUAUGCCUGGGUGGGCUUCAUCGUGUAUCUGGUUAUGUGCGCUCUCGGCGAGAUGGCAGCGUGGCUGCCCCUGCCGUCUGGUUUUACGGGAUAUGCUGUGCGAUUCUGCGACCCUGCGCUCGGAUUCACUCUGGGUUGGACGUACUGGUUCAAAUAUAUUAUUUUAUCGCCGAAUCAGUUAACCGCCGGAGCGCUCGUCAUAUCAUACUGGCUUCCACAGGAUAAGGUGAACGCAGGAGUCUGGAUUACGGUUCUCUUGGUCAUGAUCGUCAGCAUCAACUAUUUCGGCGUGCGCUUCUUCGGCGAAUUUGAGUUCUGGCUGUCUUCGUUCAAGGUCAUAGUCAUCCUAGGCAUCAUCCUGCUCUCGUUCAUCCUGAUGCUGGGCGGUGGUCCCGACCAUGACCGCAAGGGCUUCCGCUAUUGGAAGAGUCCUGGUGCUUUCAACACCUACAUCAAAGAGGGCGAUGCUGGCCGGUUCCUCGCGUUCUGGUCUACUAUGGUGUCCGCCACGUUCGCGUACCUGGGUACUGAAUUGGUGGGUGUGACUGUGGGCGAGGCGCAGAACCCCCGCCGCGCCAUUCCUCGUGCGAUCAAGUUGACUUUCUAUCGCAUCCUGGUCUUCUACAUUCUCUCGGUGCUCCUUGUCGGUACUUUGGUGCCCUACAAUGACGAGAAGCUGCCUUACAACAACCCGAAGUUUGCAAAGUCGAGUAGCUCAGCCGCGGCGUCGCCGUUCGUUGUUGCCAUUGAGAACUCUGGAAUCCCAGUGUUGACACACAUCAUCAAUGCUAGCAUCCUGCUUUUCGUCUUCUCCGCGGCCAACUCCGAUCUAUACAUCGCAACCCGCACGCUCUACGGUCUCGCGCGUGAGGGAAAGGCGCCCAAGAUCUUCGCUCGCACCGACCGUCGUGGCGUGCCUGUCUACGCACUGGGACUUUGCUCUCUCAUUGCGCUAAUCGCCUACAUGAAUGUGUCCAGUGACUCGCAGACCAUCUUCAAGUACUUCGUCAACCUGGUCACCAUCUUCGGCCUCUUGACGUGGAUAUCCAUCCUAGUCACGCACAUCUACUUCGUGCGUGCUCGCAGAGCGCAGAACGUGCCGGACUCCGAUCUGGCCUACGUCGCACCCUUCGGCGUAUGGGGCUCCUACUUGGCCCUGGCAUUCUGCAUCCUCAUCGUCUUCACGAAGAACUAUGAUGUAUUCACGCACAGCAAGAAGUGGGGAAAUUUCGACUACAAGAGCUUCAUCACGGCUUAUCUGGGCAUUCCGCUAUAUCUGUGUCUCAUCUUUGGGUACAAGUUCAUUACCCGCUGCAAGGGCGUCGAUCCUGCAACCGCCGAUCUGUGGACGGGCAAGGACGAGAUCGACCGCGAGGAGGCUGCUUUUUUGGCGCGUCAGGAUCUCGAGAUGGAAAAGAGCGGGGGAUCCCACUGGUUCUAUCGCAAGUUUGUUUCCUGGCUGUUCUGA